UUAGGUCAUUCACAAGGCACCACUACUCCAAUUGUUUUGCUGUCGGAGAAACCUGAAUACAAUGAGAAAAUUGCUGCUGCAGCUCUAAUGGCGCCAGUGGGUUAUUUGGGGAAUUUAGGAGCGCCUGCGCAAGCUCUAUCAAAGACCCGCAGGCUGCAAGAGACAAUGCUUCCCUCUCACCUAUGCCACUUUACAAGUGGCGCAUCACUCAACCAAGUCUUUCAUUAUAAUCAAGAAAUAGAAUAUGGAUAUUUUGGACCAUACAAAACUGGUUCAGAUAUACCACGCGAUUUCAAUUUUUCGCAAAUCACAGCACCGAUGUCGUUUCAUUAUUCACCCGUCGAUACAUUCACGGAUACAACAGAUGAAGAUCGAUUGACAUCCCAAAUCAAGAGUAUUGCUUUUGUUCAAGUUAUUAAUGAGACAAAAUUCAAUCAUAUCGAUUUCGUGUGGGGCAUCCAUGCUGCUCCACUGGUGUAUUCAAGAAUAUUGGAAUUCUUUGAAUCGAUCCAAUGA